UGAAUACCUUGACAAGGUAGUUCUUCCACCUUGCAUUGACGGACCGACGUGGAAAACAAAGAGACAACGACAACAACUACAUAAGAGAAUUUGUGUAAAUUCUCUUUCCCCUCGUUUUUCUUCUUGAAUGCAACAUAACCCAAAAUGUCGACCUCAAGAGAAGGUCCAAACCCGUUAAGACCAUAUUAUGUUCCACCUUCUAUCGGAAUACCUCAAGAAGCACCCAUAACGUCUUCAGGAACUCAUGGUGUGGGAUUAAAGAAUGGAAGUGCGGCUUCUUAUGCAUCUUCAGCUCGAGACAUAUUCUCAGAUAUUGACUACAGUGACUAUCUAUCGGAUACCUCACCACCUACCAUCGAAUCACUUCAGAAGUUCGUUAAUGAGACUUUUACCAACUAUGCGGGGAUAUUGUGUGGACAGCCCUUCGAAGUUGCAAAAACAAUUUUGCAGGUGAAGAGUCAGGAUAUUGACGAAGGGACAACACCAGCAGCUGCAGUGGAGAAGAUAAAACGACGACCAUCAGAGUACAAUGAGAACUACCCCUCCGACGACUCUGAUGCGGACGAGACAGCUUACUUUACAUCGGCGGCACCCCAUACAAAAUCAUCAUCCCCAUCGAGGCGUCGGUAUAGCAGUGAAGGAUCAGGGUGGGAGGACAAAUCUAUUCCUAAAAUAACACCACCAAAGCCAAAGCCUGCACAUCAAUUAAACCUUAGGAGAUCAGAUUCUAUAAUGGAAGUGAUAGCACAGGAAUGGUCAAAGGAGGGAGCUUGGGGUGUAUGGAAGGGAUCCAAUGCAACUUUCAUCUACGGUUUUCUACUGAAGACGAUGGAAAGUUGGUCAAGCAGCAUGAUAUCGGCGGCGCUGAACAUUCCGGAUCCAGGUUUGGCAACACUAGCAGCGCAAGUUGAUGUUACUGGUUCUCCUAGCCCAUGGACAUCAUUAAGUGUAGCAAUAGCGGCAGCUGCUACCGCAGGUCUUAUUCUCGCUCCUCUUGAUCUUGUGAGGACUAAGCUGAUCCUCACCCCAACUUCAGAUCCUAGAAGAUCUCUCACUCAUAACCUCAAUACCCUACCCUCAUAUAUAUGUCCUCCAUUACUUCUCAUUCCUACUAUUCUCCACUCCAUAAUCAAGCCCACUAUAUCACACUGCACCCCGCUACUUCUUCGAACUCGUCUCUCCAUCGAUCCUAUUCUCACCCCCACAAGCUACACAACAUUCACCUUCCUUGCUCAAACAUUGGAAAUCUUCCUUCGUCUACCAGUCGAAACAGUUUUACGUCGUGGACAAGCUGCGGUACUCGCCUCAACUCAAUAUAACGAAUCUCAAGACCUUAAAACAAUUGUCGAUAUUGGUCCAUACAAUGGAGUGGUAGGUACAAUGUGGUCUAUUGCCCGGGAAGAAGGAGAGUCAUCUAGUCCCGAGCCUGUCGCAAGUGUAGGCGCGGUGACACCAUUGAGGAAAAUUAAGAAAGUUCAGAAGAAGGGACAAGGGAUUGAAGGACUCUGGAGAGGAUGGAGAGUUGGUGUAUGGGGAUUAGUAGGAAUGUAUGGAAGUAAAGCUAUGAGUGGUGUUGGAAGUACCGAAGGAGAAUUUUAAGGGAAUCACAAUACCUACUUGUUGUCUAUGACAAUCAUGUUUCGAGCUACUUGAAAAUUUCGUGGACAUGAUGGGAUGGGAUGGCGUUGAUUUGUAGCCAUUUGUUUGGCUUGGGAACGAUGGAAUAGCUCUACUUACUUAUAUAAGGCGCAAAGGAAACUGGCGUUAGGAUAACGAAGAUAUGUGAAAUGACCAAAGCAUACUCACCUCUA